AUUUAAACAGUUUCACAAUAAAUAUGUUACGCAAUCUUCAAAUAAUAAGAGAAUAACAAACUGAACAUGCGAAAUCGCAAAAUUUGUUUACAAUCAUGAAACGUCAAAUUCAGUUACUGAAAAUUUCACUAGAUGUCACUACAGUAUGACGUGAAAUGAUCAAUUUCUAAAAUAAACUAGGGAUUUCUCCUGAACAUCUAUCAACAUAGAGAGUCAGAAUAAAUAAAUAGUAAUAUUUGGCAGCCAAAUUUGAUCAUAAAACUCAUUGGUUGAAGAGAAGAGAUCAAGCGUGGCCGUAGAAGGCGGCGACUUGAGGCGCACUGCCCAAUGGUCCUGGAGUUUAGCCCGCAGGACGAACAGGACACAGACUACACAAUGAAUUCCGCAGUCAGCACAGAAUCCAUGGAUAUGGAGGGGGAGGACAUGUCACAAGUUGACGGUUGCGGGUUGAGUGGGGCUUCGGACGACGACGAUGAGUGCGCGUCCUCUCCCACCGGCUCCACGUACGAUGAUAGCGCUGAUCUCAUUAAGAACGCCAUGAGCGAUGAAGUUACCAAGCAACUUGCUGCAGCUGGUCCGGUGGGCAUGGCUGCCGCAGCCGCUAUAGCGUCGUCAAAGAAACGCAAGCGGCCGCACUCUUUCGAGACUAACCCGUCCGUCAGGAAGCGACAUCAGAAUAGACUACUCAGGAAACUCAGACAAACAAUAGAAGAGUUCGCGACUCGCGUGGGCCAGCAAGCAGUGGUACUAGUGGCGACCCCUGGCAAGCCAAACACCUCAUACCGUGUCUUUGGGGCAAAACCUCUCGAGGACGUUGUACGCAACCUGCGCUGCAUGAUCAUGGAGGAACUGGAGAACGCACUUGCACAACAGGCGCCGGCGCCGCCGCAGGAGGACCCCUCGCUGUUCGAGCUGCCGCCGCUCAUCAUCGACGGCAUCCCCACGCCCGUUGAGAAGAUGACGCAGGCGCAGCUCCGCGCCUUCAUACCGCUCAUGCUCAAGUACUCCAUGGUGCGAGGGAAGCCGGGCUGGGGUCGUGAGUCUACGCGACCUCCGUGGUGGCCCAAGGAUCUCCCCUGGGCCAACGUCAGAAUGGACGCUCGUACUGAGGACGAGAAACAAAAGAUGUCGUGGACUCACGCACUCCGUCAAAUCGUGAUCAACUGUUACAAGUACCAUGGGCGGGAGGACUUGUUGCCUGCCUUCACAGAGGAUGACGAAAAGGGACCUCCUACACAACCCAUGUCACAAUAUGCGCCUGCUGUCCUACAAACAAUCACAAAUCCUGACGGAACUGUGUCUCUCAUCCAAGUUGACCCCAGCAAUUCUAUCAUCACGUUACCUGACGGGACUACUGCGCAAGUUAUUCACAGCGGCGAAGGCGGUGCAGGCAUACAGGCUUUAGACGGCGACGGCGCGGUAGCCGUGGACCUCAACGCAGUCGCCGAAGCUACGCUCAAUCACGACGGACAAAUCAUACUCACUGGGGAGGACGGACAUGUGUCGGGCGUGAUCACGGUGCCGGUGUCGGCGUCGGUGUACCAGUCGAUGGUGGCGUCCAUGCAGCAACAAGAUGGCGGCGUCUGCGUCGCGCCCCUCGUGCAGAUGGAGCAGAACGGUGAGGGUUUGGAGACGAUCUCUAUGGGCGGCGGCGUGACGCAGGUGAUGCUGCAGGGCGGAGAGGGUGCGCAGGUCCUACAGGUUCUCAGUCUCAAGGACGCUACUGUACUCACUAAAGCCAUGCAAGUGAAAGCUGAACGUGACGCCGUAGUAACAGAUUCCUAGCUGCUAACUCUGGUGGCGAGCUCGCCGCCGCCUGACGGAGCCUCCGACUGCCCCGAAUUGAUGAACGACGUGACAUAACCCCCGCGACAUGUACCCACUCUACACUUCCAUGAACACACCUAUACAGACAACGGACACUUUUUACAAAGCGGCUCGGAAGGCGAGGCCUAGCUACUCUAAUUGUUAGUCUAAACAUAGAGGCAUCAUCUAGGGUUACAGUCAAAGUAAAUAAAAAUAGUUAAUUAACUAUAGUGGCCAUCGGCAUCGGCAUUCGGCGCUAUCGCCGCGCAUUACACACGAGACAUUGUGCCACUCAACUGGAAUAUUAUACGUAAUGUGCGCGGCCGGCCCGGCCGAGACAUAAGUUAAGGCAUAGCAAUCAAGUCCAGUGAUGUCGGAGUGAUUUUGAAUUUUAGAAAUAAAUUUACCAUUAUAUUAGACUAAAAUUUUGCCAUGAAAUGGGAUUUAAUUUAUUUAAAUUAUUUCAUCGUAACUUAUUAUUUAUUGAAGUGAAGUAAGACUAAUUUAUUUUAGAUGCAAAUCUACGUAAGGUGGGGAACAGAUUUGUGCAAUACAUGAUUUAUACCAGCCGCGUUUAUUUUGUAUAGAAGGCCCCCGUUGCGAUAGUAAAGCAGGCGCACUAGUGCCAGGAGGUUCGAAUAAAUGAACAUACGUAAGGUAAUAAUCGUAUACAUUCCUGUAAUAUUACGAGCGAGUUUGUUGUGUACAUUUGUUGUUUAUGUUUAGUUUGUCUUUUGUUUGUUAUACACCAAUCUAUUUAUUUAAUCUAGUCUAAACCAAGUCAACGCAACCUAUUCUAGUCCGAGUGAAUAUAUUUAAGAACUUUACCAAAACUUUUCUAUAACAUAAGUUUUGUAAAUUAAUGUAAUUUAUCUUGUCCUCUAUAUUGUAAAUUCGUUUAAAGAAACAAUAUUAUAAUUCCUGCGCAGGGUUACUACAUAGAUGAAGACGUUAGUGUUUAUCGGUGUUUAAAUCUUAGAAAUGUAAAGACUUCCAAGUUUGUGAAGUCAGUACGAAAAUAAAUGUAGAUUAAUAGAUAUAUUGUCCAAUGUUGUACAUCAGUUUCCUUUUCAAUCAGCAUGCUCAUAGGAUCAAUGUAAUUCACAUUAAAUUUUAAAGGUUUAUAGUCGUGACUAUAACGUAAGGUAGAGUUCAUAGAAAAGUACAAAAGUGCAAAACUAUUUAUGAUGUGCGGAAUAAUAUAGUUGUUUUCUAAAAGACACGAACGAAUAUUGCUUACCUAUUUACUUAUUCAGAUUUGUUUUAUUUAUUUUCCAUAUUUUAUUUUUGUUUUAUGUACCAAAGAACGUUUAAGUUUUGUCCUCUAAGAUAGCACAAUUUUGUUGUUAAGUACAAUUUGUGAUUGUAAAUAAUGGUAUGACUGUGUGAAUAUGGCAA